UGUUGGUGUAGUGCAGGGAACAAUGAAGGACUGCUCGCGGUCUUACUGUUUACAUGGCGUCAUGGCAGCACCAACACUGUCGCGUAGCAGACUACGCGUGUACCCCCGUAACAAGUCACCUGGGCGGUCAGUCGUGUAGUGUGGCGGGAUACUCGGAGCUUUAAUCUGUCACCAUGGCUAUGCCAGGAUCGUUCGACCAGAAUCCACAACGUUGGAAUCCUGGAGGCCCACCUCCCAACCAGGAAUCCGGCCCCAUGGGUAACCCGGGAACGGGCCCACCUCAGCGUGGUCCACCAAGCAUGCAGGGGAUGCCAUCGAUAUCGGGCUACGAGCAGGUCGGAGGAUUCGGACAAAUGAACUUCAUGCCGCCUCCACCUCCUCCACCCCCUCCUCAGGGAAAACCACCUCCGAUGGAGUUCACCAACUUGGCUAAUCUGAACGAAGAAGAUUGCAGAAACGCUAUGAUCCAAUUCGUAAGCGAGAACUGUUGCUAUGGGUCCGCUCCCGCCAAGGAGAUGAACAUCACCAAUGUGAUUGGUCUGACUGCCCUGCACUACACAUUGGAGACAUUUUGUGAGAGUAGAAAGACAGGAUACGUCCAUGAGCCGUACCGGGGUGGACCAAUUGAUGGUCCUCAAAAUGGACCGGCUCCCCCUCCCUGGCAGAUGCAUUGUGUGGCCGACUCCAUGUUCAAUACUCACGUGAAGAAACUGGAAGUUCCACACACUGCUACAGUGAUGCCCUGUCACGCCUGUGACGCCCGUGGGUACCACCGGUGCUGGAGAUGUCAUGGGCGAGGAAACACGCGCUGUGACAACUGUAAUGGUUCCGGACAACGUCACACUCACGACCCUCAUGGCAACCCUGUUAUGGAGAGAUGUUUUCAUUGCCAUGGCGACGGUCGGGAAAGGUGUCACACGUGCGGGGGAGACGGGAGGAUCACGUGUGAUGAAUGUGACGGUUAUCGUAAUAUUAAAUCCUUCAUUCAGUUGACAGUGUCGUUUACAAAUCAUAAGGCGGACCAUAUCAUCGAGCGGUCAGAUAUGCCGGAUGAGCUGGUACGGAAUGUCUCCGGGGACCUUAUAUUCGAGCAAGUCCUACCGCAGGUAUGGCCCAUUACCGCUUACCCUGUACCGGAAAUAAAUGCCAAUUCAGUCCGUAUUGUAAACCAGCACAAGGGAGCCUACCCAAAUGAACGCCAGCUCCAACAGCGCCAGCAAUUGAGAGCGGUACCCGUAACGGAAGCUCACUACGAUUGGAAUGAAACAAAAACCAGGUUUUGGGUGUACGGUCUGGAGAAGAGGGUCGAAGCUCCGGACUAUCCACAACAGUGUUGCUGGGGGUGUGAAAUCCUCUAGAAACAUCAGAAAUGACGAUAUCAGAGGUGACCUAAGUGCUGUGAUAGUUCUAUACUGUAUGGCGUUAUGUGAUACAGUCAGGAUAAUUGCAUAUAUGAAUCAAUAGAUUUUACUACCGUGUAUAGAUUUCCUAUUGUGAAAAAAAACCGUGAUAAUUAAUCAACGACAAGUAAAAUAAAUACUACUAAACGCUUGUGGACGCUUUCCAUGAUCUUUUGAGUAUUUUUCUGUGAAAACCCCAUUUGUAUUUCCGAUUCCUGAUGUAGCAGUGGAUAGCUCGCUCUUUGAAUAACAUGUCAUUGCGGUUUCGUUCAGAUGAACGUAUGUGUUUGAUGUAAUCGACCAAGGGUAAAUAACAGUUUAAGCAGUUACUACUUUCUCACAUAAGUGCUACCGUGAAUAUAUCAUCCAUGUCAUAUAUGUUGUAUAUAUCUUCAUAUAAUUAACAUAUGCUGUGACGUCAGAAUUAUGGCAAUAAGCAUGCUGUUAUGACAGCGCAAGGAAAAUGGUAACAGUUAUGACUUAGCGAUGGUCAGAGAAAACAUGUGUUCUUGGUUAUAUGAUAAAGAAUGAUAUAAACAUCAUUUCCAAUUGACCUCAUAUGAGAUUUAUAAAACCGAGCAAUGCACUACUACAAUGAAAACUGAUAGGUCAUACGCUGGAGAAUUAUUUUAGUAUCAUAUAUAUAUAUAUAUGUAUACUUGCAAUGAACCAUGUGAAUAAGCUACGGGUUAAUAUGCAUGCUGCAUUGAUCCCUGUCUUCGAUGUACAAAAUAUAUAUUUGACUAUAAUUAAUGUUGACAUUACCUCAUCUUUCGUUAUUGUGAUAUUUCUGUGAAACAUUCAUUUCCGGAACCCAUUGUGUGGUUGUUUUCUAAUUGUGUACACAUGGUUGUUAAACGGUUAUACAUUCCUGAUAAUGGUUGUAUUGUCUAUGGCGAUAUAACUCUGGUCUUUUAUGUUUCUUAUAUAUGUUCUUGACACAUGUACAUAUGUUCUUCACAAAUGUCUAUAUUUCUAUUAAAUCUUCACAACCCAAUUAAAGAGUGGUUUUUUUUA